UCAGCUCCGAAGCAGAUAGCCACCUCUGCUGCUUCGUCGUGGGCCGGUGGGCGCUAAUUUUCUCUUCAGAUGGCUCUCGUCCCUCCGUCCGCCGCAGGACCCCCUCUGAUCGCCGAGAUCGAUAUGGGCGCUUCCGAUCUCUCCUCCACGGUCGUCCGCGCCACCGUCGUGCAGGCCUCCACCGUCUUCUACGACACCCCCGCUACCCUCGAUAAGGCAGAGAGAUUGAUUGCUGAAGCUGCCUCAUACGGAGCACAAAUAAUUGUCUUUCCUGAAGCAUUUAUUGGUGGUUAUCCUCGUGGUUCUACUUUUGGUAUCACACUAGGUAACCGUACAGCUAAGGGAAAGGAGGAAUUUCGAAGAUAUCAUGCUUCUGCAAUUGAUGUGCCUGGUCCUGAGGUUGAUCGAUUGGCGGCAUUGGCUGGGAAGUAUAAAAUCUACUUGGUCAUGGGUGCUAUUGAGAGAUCUGGAUAUACACUAUACUGUUCAGUGCUCUUCUUUGAUUCUCAGGGUCAAUACCUGGGGAAGCAUCGCAAACUCAUGCCUACAGGUUUAGAACGUGCAAUAUGGGGCUUUGGAGAUGGAUCAACUAUUCCAGUUUAUGAAACUCCUAUAGGUAAAAUAGGAGCACUCAUAUGCUGGGAGAAUAGGAUGCCACUACUGAGGACGGCUAUGUAUGGUAAAGGUAUCGAGAUAUACUGUGCUCCUACAGCGGAUGCUAGGGAGGUUUGGCAGGCUUCCAUGACUCACAUAGCUCUUGAGGGUGGUUGCUUUGUGCUGUCUGCAAACCAGUUCUGUCGAAGAAAUGACUACCCACCCCCACCUGACUAUGUCUUCGUAGCUGCUGCUGAGGAGCCAUCUCCAGAUACCGUCGUCUGUGCUGGAGGAAGUGUCAUUAUCUCUCCAUCAGGACAGGUCUUGGCUGGUCCCAAUUAUGAAGGAGAAGCCCUUAUCUCUGCAGAUCUAGAUCUUGGAGAAGUUGUUCGAGCCAAGUUUGAUUUUGAUGUGGUUGGACACUACUCGAGGCCCGAGGUGCUGAGCUUAACCGUGAAAGAUCAUCCGCAGAACCCUGUCUCAUUCACUUCUACUGCAAGGACUGAGAGCACACCAAAAUGAUAGGCCACCAGUAUAUGAAUGGUAUAGGUCGAAUGGCUUGUCCCUAACGUCUAUUUAUAUUCCACUUGUUUACUUUGGAUGAUAUGGCAAUAAUGCAUUUUCAUGCUGUGAAAUCAUACAUAAAGAAUCUUCUUAUGGGACCCCUGUGAAUUGGCACUCAAAUGGUAGAUUUGUAUAAUGAGCAAGGAUUUGAGUUGUGGUUGUGAUAAA